ACAAAGUUCGUCUGUAUUUCUCAUUUUAAUAUCAUCUUUCUUCCUGACAUCUGAUGUUUCUCUUUUAUGGUUCAACCCAUGCCAUGCACUACAUGUUGCUGUAGAAAAAUGAUUGAAAAAAAUAAUAAAAAUUGACACAAUUUUCAUCUGAGUCACUCAAUUUGCGUCCUCAUUAAGUCCUUAGGCUAAGCAGCGAAAGGACAGACCUGGAUCUCUCUAUUCAUAAGACUCAUUCAGUGAAUUUUUCCUAGUAGAUUGAAUGGAGGAAUGCGUGAUCAGACAGUUAGAGGAACAGUUGGGAUAUUUUGAUGCAAUAGUGCAGUACCUAGAUGUCAGUGGUAACCUAACACUUCUGAAGGCACAAUGUGAAAAAUAUGCUAAAACAAAGAGCUUGGUGUAUACAUUCAAAUUGCUGAUUGAUCCGUCAGACAUAUGUGAAGCUAAUGCUAUUUUAGGUAACUUGUUGUUACGGGAACCAAUAACCGCAACUGAUGUUUUUAAGCAAGUUAUCUACAAAGCAAUACAAGUUUUGGAAUUAUUGCCUGAAACAACAUCAUUAUCUCAAGUUGCUGUGAUCCUAAGACUUUCAUCUCUUCCUGUUCUACCAAAAUUAAACAUGAUAGAGAAUAUUAGAUGUUUAUCCAGAGUGCAUGAUGCUAGAAUAUUUUGUAGUCUUACUGGUGUUGUAACAGGGUUGUCAGAUGUGUCUAAGUAUACGUUGAGUGCCAGGUAUUACUGUACAGAUGAAGAUUGUCAAGGUCACCACGGUAACCAUUUUAUAAGAAUACAUACUCCAGGGGCAUCAGAAGCUCAAACUGUCAGGAAAGAUUUCAAAUGCAGUUUCUGUUCUCUAACCUUGACAGAGGAAAAGUCAAGCAGGACUUUAUCAGAAAAGGUGGUUGCGGAGGUAAUUCCUGAACAGAUCAUGUCAGAAAUUCAUUCUCAUAGCUGUAAAAGAUCUAGGGGACAGGCCAUACCUGUCUAUAUUAGAGAUGAUCUGACCAAACUUGUAGAGAUUGGAGAAACAUAUGAGAUUAUUGGCAUCAGUAGGAAAGAUGUACUUGAUGACAAAAUUAUGCUGACACUUGAGGCAAAUAACAUUAAGAAGAUAAAGACAGAGAUAUCGGCCAGUAAACUGUUGAAGGAGUUACCCAGAAACCUUUUAACAAUUUACAAAGAUAGGAAAUCAUCACCUUGGAGCUUUGUCCUGACAUUAGCCUAUUUGUUUGGAGGUGAAAUUAGUCCUCCAGGAUGUCAUUUCAGUUUAAAACUUGCAAUAUUACUGAGUCUGGUGUCCAAAAAGGAUACAAAGACAAAGCCCCUCCAUGUAUUGGCUCUGGGAUCUGAUAGUGAGAUUAUAUCAAGACUUCUCCAGUUUGGAACCAGAUUUAAACACUCCUCUACAAGCCUUACAGCUGGUCAGUCACUAACAGGUCAUGUGACAGUAGAUAGAUAUAACAGUUCUUCAUAUUUUGUUGAAGGAGGGUUAUUACACCUGUCUCAAAGAGGUGUGUGUAAUGUUGGUGACAUUGACAGAUUGAAAAAAUCUACAAAACACAGUCUACAAUCUGCAUUAAGUGGAGGCAAGAUAGUAACUGAUGUUGCCCCAAAGUACACUGGAAGUCUUCCACAUCAUAUAGAACAGAGGUUGAAGAGUAGAAUCUGGGGAUAUAGUAACCCUACAUUGUCUAGAAAACAAUCUUCUAAAGAUAGUGAUGUAUUUGUUGGAGCCUGUACUGGAGAUAUUCCCAAAACUCUUCUAGAUGCUUUCAGCUUAAUAUGUUUCAUUGAUCAUGGAGAUAUAACUAGUAAUGAGAUGGUAGAAGAUCAGAUGGUGGAAACAACUCUAGUGGCAGCAUUAAAUUAUGAUAUAAGGGACACAGAUACUACAACACAACUGCCAGUGUCUACAGAAGAUUUUCAACAGUUUGUUAGAUUUGCGAGUCAGUUAAGACCAAAGUUUAGGAAAGAAGCAGAGACAUUGAUUCACAAUUAUUAUAUGACAUGUAGGAAGACUAGAUCUACUUCAGAUUGUACAGAUGUCCCAGUCAAUGCUGACCAGACUCUGUUGUCUCUAGCAUACAGCCAUGCAAAACUUGCUCUCAGGAAUGAAGUCACCCUCAACGAUGCUUUGAUGGCAGUUAAGUUGUAUGAAGAAUACCUUACUAAUAGGUUUGGAUAUUCAACUCUCAAUGUUCAGCCAAUACCUCACAUCACAGCAAGUCUACUUAACUAUUGUAUAGGCCCUGCUAAUGACAAACAGAUGCAAGAUUUUCAUAGAAAUCUACUUAGAUAUUGCUCCUUGGCCUCAGGUUUAGAGGAAUAAUCAAAUUUCAGGAUUUAAGGAAUACAAAAAAUAUUGAUUGAAGAUUGGAGAAAUAAAUAUAUUCAAGAACUACUGGUAGAAUUAAAUUUUAGAUUUGGGAAUUAAAGAUUUAAGGACUGCAGGAAUAAUUAGAUUAAAGGAUUCCAGAAAAAAUGGAUUCAAAUGACAUUAUGAAUAAAUAGAUUUAAGGACUUAAGAAAUAAAUGGAUUUAAGGACCUCAAAAAUAAAUGGAUUUAAGGACCUCAGAAAUAAAUACAUGUAGAUUUUAGGACUUCAGAAAUAAAUAGAUUUAAGGACUUCAGAAAUAAAUGGAUUUACUUAGGACCUCAGAAAUAAAUGGAUUUAAGGACCUCAGAAAUAAAUGGAUUUAAGGACUCCAGAAAUAGAUUUGUGGACCUCAAAAAUGUAAAGAUCUAUGGACUCCAACAAUAAAUAGAUUAAAGGACUCAAGGUAAAAAUAGAUUUUAGGACUCAAAUACUAAAUUUAUUUUAGGACUUCAGGAAUAAAAUUAUCUGAGGACUCCAGGGGAAAAGUUGAGGACUUCAGGUAUAUUUUAGGACUUCAGGGAUAAAUAGAUUUUAGGACUACAUGAAUACGUAGAUUUGAGGAAUCUAAGAAUAAAUAGAUUGUAGGACUCAGAAGGAAUAUGUAGAUAUUAGAUUUAGAAUUGACAGGAUUAAAGAAGGAAAUAAAUAUGUGAAGACUGGAGUGAUAUUAGAAUUAAAUUUAAAGGAUUGAGGAAUAUUUUUUUUCAAAUUUGAAAAGUGGAUAUAAUAAAUUUGAGGGCUCCAGAAAUAGAUUGAUUUGAGGUCUAAAAAUAUGAAAUAAAUUGAAUAUUAUCUUAUACAUGUAGUAAAUUUGAAAGAUUUGAUUAUUUAAAGAAUGAAAGAAAAUGUCAAUAUUAGGAUUUUUGUGGGAGGAAUUUACAAUUAUAAUUAUUUUUUAAGUUUAUUAUAUUGUUCAUCAUUAAUUUAUGAAAAGUUUGACUAAGCUGAUAUAAGUACAGUUGCACCGGUGUAUUUAAAAUAUCAUAGAGUCAACAAACUUUUGUAUCUUGUCCUAAAACAGAAUUAUAUAGUGAUUUUUUUAUUAGUACCUUUGAAUAAGUGGGACAAUUAUGUUACUCUAUCAUAGUUGCUAUAUGCACAUGUACAUAAUAAGUAUGGUAAAUAUUAAGUAAUUGUUUAAAAUAAAAUGUAAAUAUAUCAUUUUAUGUAGACUUGGACUGUUUUAAUUUUUGAAUAUAGAAUUUGAAGCAAAUUGCCAAAGUGUGACAUUUUACUUUUAAACUGUGAUAAAGUUUAGAUAUCUUGUUGUGAAAAUAAAUUUAUAUGGAAUUAGA